GGCAAUGUCCAGUGAGCAGCUCAUGGAAAAAGGGAAUACAACGCUGCUGACAGCCUUUGUUCUCACAGGGCUCACCAAUCACCCCAGGCUGCAGGUGCCCCUGUUCCUGCUGUUCUUGGUCAUUUAUCUCAUCACUCUUGUGGGGAACCUGGGUCUGAUUGCUCUCAUCUGGAGUGACCCCCACCUCCAUAUCCCUAUGUACUUUUUCCUUGGGAGUUUGGCUUUUGUAGAUGCCUGGAUAUCAUCCACAGUGACCCCUAAUAUGUUGGUUGACCUAUUAUCCAAAAACAAGGUGAUAUCACUUUCUGAAUGCAUGAUACAAUUUUUUGCCUUUGCUUUCGGUGGAACCACGGAAUGCUUUCUUUUGGGCACAAUGGCGUAUGAUCUCUAUGUAGCCAUAUGCAAACCAUUACUUUAUCCAGUCAUUAUGACCAAUAGACUAUGCAUCCGCCUACUAGUUUCAGUAUUUGUAGGCGGCUUUCUCCAUUCCUUGUUUCAUGUGUUGUUUUUAUUCAGAUUGACCUUCUGUAAUUCUAAUAUAAUCCAUCACUUUUAUUGUGAUAUUAUGCCACUGUAUAAUAUUUCCUGUACUGACCCUUCUCUAAAUCUUCUAUUAGUAUUUAUUUUGUCUGGUUCGAUACAGGUAUUCACCAUUAUGACUGUCCUGGUUUCCUAUACACUGGUUCUGUUUACAAUUUUACAAAGGAAGUCUGUCCAGGGCAUAAGGAAGGCUUUCUCUACCUGUGGAGCUCACCUCUUAUCUGUGUCUUUAUACUAUGGGCCUCUUCUUUUCAUGUAUGUGCUCCCUGCAUCACAACAAACAGAUGAUCAAGGUAUGAUGGACUCUCUGUUUUACACGGUCAUAAUCCCUGUUCUAAAUCCAAUUAUCUACAGCCUGAGAAACAAGCAAGUCACGGAUUCACUGAAAAAAAGAUUAGAGAGACAUGUUUAGUUUUCAAAAGUCUCUUGUCCGUUCAUACAAAAUAGCCACAAAAUUUUCCA